UAAGGCACCCGAGUUGCGAAAAUAGAACAUUGAAACUUGAAACCUGCAUCGACUUGCACCGUUUUUGUUUCUUGCGAUCUCCAGGGCGACAAUACCAUAAGAUAUGUCGAAUGUCAGUUUUCUUGAAUUCCAAUACAAGCUUUUGAAAAACAAUUUCUUGUGCAAACCGUCACGCUUGUUUUCCAUAGACAGGCAAAACUCUGGGUUGUCGACUGCUUUCCAACCUGACUUAGAUAAGCUGAGGAAAGUUUUUGAUAAGUUCGAUUCCAACAAAGAUGGGAAGAUUUCUCAGAUGGAGUACAAGGCCAUGUUGAGGGCUCUAGGGCAAGGAAAUAUGGCUCAAGAUGUACCCAGGAUCUUUUGGGUGGCCGAUUUUGAUGGAGAUGGGUUUAUCAGUUUCAAGGAUUUUGUGGAAGUGCACAAGAAGAGCGGCGGGGUAACAACGAUGGACAUACAGAAUGCUUUCCGCACAUUCGAUCUCAACUGUGUUGGCAAAAUAAGUGCAGAGGAAGUGAUGGAGAUGUUAAGGAGGGUUGGGGAGAAUUGUAGCUUGGAGGAGUGCAAGAAAAUGGUGAGAGCAGUGGAUUCCAAUGGCGAUGGAAUGGUUGACAUGGAUGAAUUCAUGACCAUGAAGCUUGAGUAAACGGGGAAUUUCAUU